AUGGCAGAGCCUUCGCUGCCCCUCUCCUUCCUCUGCCUCCUCGCCUUGUCCUCCGCCUGCUACAUCCAGAACUGCCCCCGGGGCGGCAAGCGGGCUCUGGCCGACACAGCCCUGAGACAGUGCAUGCCCUGCGGCCCCGGCAACAGAGGGAACUGCUUCGGGCCCGGCAUCUGCUGCGGAGCGGAGCUGGGCUGCUACCUGGGCACGGCGGAGACACGGCGCUGCUCCGAGGAGGAUUACCUGCCCUCCCCCUGCCAGGCCGGCGGGCAGCCCUGCGGAGCCGGGGGCCGCUGCGCCGCGCCCGGCAUCUGCUGCACCGCCGAGACGUGCGCCAUGGACACCGCCUGCCUGGACGAUGGCAGCGACGGCGCUCAGGAGGCGGCGGAGGAGAAGAACCUGACGGUGCUGGAUGGCUCGGCCGGAGAUCUGCUCCUCAAGCUCAUGCACUUGGCAAACCGGCAGCAGCAGCAGGGCAAGCACCCCCUGCUCUGA